AUGGCGCUUCACAACCCGAACAACUGGCACUGGGUGAACAAGGACGUCCGACCAUGGACUCAAGACUACCUAAACAAGGAGCUCGUCGGCUUAAAAGCUAGCAAAGACGAUGGUACAAGCGCCGAGAUCAGCAAAGUCAUGAGCAUGGACGGCGAUGUGGAUGUCUCGCAGCGGAAAGGCAAGGUCAUCACCAUCUUCGAUGUGAAGCUGCAGCUUGAGUACAUUGGCAAGGUGCCACUUAAGGGCGAGGAGAAGACUGAGGGCCGGGAAGACGACACAAAGGAUGUGAGCGGCACAAUCACAAUCCCUGAAGUGGCACACGAUACGGAGGAAGAUGAGUAUGUUUUCGAGAUAGAUGUCUACAGCUCCGACUCCAGCAAAGAGCCUGUGAAGGACCUCGUGCGCAGAGAGAUCACACCACAGCUACGAAAACAUCUGGCCAAGCUCGCUCCUACUUUGAUCAAGGAGCAUGGUAAAGAUAUUCAACACGCACCUGGCAGCAACCCAUCAUCUGGCUUCAGCACACCAAAGGUGGCGCAGAGCUCGUCUGUCGGCAAACAGGCUGAGAACUCGAAGCCGAGCAGUGCCUCUACGACUGGAGGGUCGAAGGUAAACGUUACAUCUCUCUCCGACCAGCAGGAGUUCCGCACAACCGCCGAGCAGCUCUUCGAAACUUUCACCGACCCACAGCGCAUCGCCGCCUUCACGCGAGCGCCACCGAAGGUUUUCGAGGGUGCAAAGGAAGGAGGCAAAUUCGAGAUCUUCGGCGGCAACGUGUCUGGCUCAUUUGAGAAGCUGGAGAAGCCGACGUACAUUGAGCAGAAGUGGCGGUUAGCACAGUGGCCGCAGGGACACUACAGCACGCUGAAGAUCAAGUUCGAGCAGAAUAACACUGAUGCCGUGACGAUCAUGAGGGUGGACUGGGUUGGUGUGCCUAUCGGGCAGGAGGAGCCAACGCAGAGGAAUUGGUCUGAGUACUAUGUACGCUCGAUCAAACAGACCUUUGGGUUUGGCACGAUCUUAUGA